AGAAGUGAUAUUUUCCGAUUCCUAUUAUACUGCUGAUAAAAAAAAGCCUGUCCACUGAACACAUACUCUUUCCGACCGGGUCUGAAGCCGCCUUUUCUACCUGGUUAUCUCGAACUGAAGCACCUGAAACGGCCGCGAUAUAACCGCCAACCCCUCUCCGCAACAUCUUUUCUUGACCGGACAGUGUUCUUGUACAGCAUUUAUUCGGUUCGAUAUCAUUAUAAUCAUAUUCUUGGUCUCGAAAUCUAUAUUUGGAAGACGAGGAAGCUCUGAUCUCCGCGAAAGACAAUUCCCAUAACAUCCGGCUUGCCAAGAAUUUGCCUUUUCCCAGGCAGCAAAGAAAUGGCAGACGAUGAGGGUGCUUCUCCUCGCGAAUUGGUCGUAGAGGCCUGUCGACGAGAUCAACCGCAUCUCAUCGAACAAGUCCUCGAUAGCAUGAACGAGAAAACAAACGAAGAGGUAGCGGAAUUCUUCAAUAACGUCAAAGAUGCAUUGGGCAAUUAUGCCCUACAUAUCUGCGCCAUGUAUGGUAGCUACGAUGUCAUGGACAUGCUCUUCGAUAUCCAAUACUUUGAAUGCGACCCUUUAACACGCAUCGACAAUGAUACUCCACUACAUGUAGCAGUCCGCUACGCCAACGAAAAAGAUCACGAUGCGGGAUUGGCAAUGAUUGAAAUGAUGUGCGAGGCAGGUUGUGAUCCACGGGUUCGAAACAAACAUGGCCAAAAACCAAUCAGUCUGGUCGAUCCUCGUCAUACGGAUAUUAAAGCCGCUCUUCAAAAGGCUGAAUAUAUCUUAAAUGAAAAUAUACAACAUGAGCAGGAGGCGGAGGGCGGUGAGGGAAGUGCUAGCGAUAGCGACUAGAAGUGUGCAAGUAUUCACUCAAUAUGAGACAGGGCGCUCUUACAGGUCAGAGCAAUGUCUUGAAUGAAACAACAUCAUUACCAGAGUCGAAUCGACGAUAGAAUUGUAUACGCUAGGAUA